AUGGCCGUAGAUCGAACGGAAGACUAUCGCGAUGCGGUGAAGUCUCUCGCAGUGCGGCUUGGGUACGAUCAGGCUCGCCUGGCGCAGGUCUCAUCUGCCAUGUUGCUCAAACCCACCUCGGGGGGCGGCGAAGCUUCCACGAAGGACGCAUUCGCCAAGCUGGCAUCUGACGUGCUAUCGGACGAGCGUACGCUGCACUCCGUCCUAAUGAGCGAGGGGCGGGAAUAUUGCAGUGCUGCUUCGGACCACGUUGUUGGGCAUCCUGUGAUGGAGAGAAGACGAGACGCGUUCGAAGCAAAGGUGGGACUCAUGGUGAAGGAGUGUAAGGAGGGGAUAGAGGCGCUGCGAGGCAGACUGCCCCCACCAGGGGGGGCCAUGGGGCGGAACGCACAGUUGACAGCGCAUCAGCAUGGCGUGGUGCUCAUCCUAACGGAGCACCUGCAGCUGCUCUCCUCCACCUUCGAGCGUCUGAGAUCCACCCGGCUGCAGCGGAUGCUGGCAGACAGCCAGCGACAGAGGCAAGGGGGAGGGCAGGGCGGAGGACAGGGCACAUUAGGGAAGCAGGGACUGAUUCAUGCUCUGAAGGGGGUACGGGAGAAUGGAAGGCACAGAGGGGAGCAGGACGGGGGGAAGGGGUGGCAGGAAGAGGUUUGCGAGCAGCAGGGGAGGGGUGGUGAGCACGAGAGGGGGCGAGAGCAGGAGGGGAGGGGGCGAGAGCAGGCAAUGCAGGAUGCAGAGACGGUGGCGUUGCAGGAGGAGUUGAGGGGGCUGCUGAGUAGCACGGCGCAGACAGAGGCGAGGGUGAUGGAGCUGGCGGCUCUGAACCACCUGUUUGCCGUGCACGUGCUGCAGCAGAGCGAACAGGUUCACCAGCUGUAUGCUGAGGCGGUGGCAGCAUCAGAGAGAAUAGACAAGGGCAGCAAAGAGCUGAAGAAGGCAGGAGCGCAUGGCAGCAGCCAGCGCACCUUCCUCAUCCUCUUCUUUGUGCUGCCUCCGUUUUGUUGCUCGCGCCCUUUCAAUCAACAGGCAGUGGCAGCAUCAGAGAGAAUAGACAAGGGCAACAAGGAGCUGAAGAAAGCAGCAUCCCACGGCAGCAGCCAGCGCACCUUCCUCAUCCUCUUCUUUGUGCUGCCGUCCUUUUGUUGCUCGCGCCCUUUCAAUCAACAGGCAGUGGCAGCAUCAGAGAGAAUAGACAAGGGCAGCAAAGAGUUGAAGAAAGCAGCGUCCCACGGCAGCAGCCAGCGCACCUUCCUCAUCCUCUUCUUCUUUGUGCUGCCGCUCUCACUGCUCUUCUACGAUUGGUACGACCGGCGGCAAUGGAUUGGGUUCAGGCUCUGGUAG